CACAGUCCUUUCGGCCUACUCCCUAGCUACCCUCUAGGUCUCCGGAGAACGGGCGAAGCCGACCAUGUCGUCGUCCAUGGCCGCGGUCGUGUCGUCGCUCCGCGCCCUCCCACUCCCCGUCCUCGUCCCGCUUGUAGCCUCGGCGCUCGCCUUCGUCGUCACCGUCCUCCGCCGCGUGCUUCGGCGGCAGCGGCCGGUGUACCUGCUCAACUACAGCUGCCACCUCCCGGACGCGGAGCGGCAGUGCAACCUGGAGGUGUGCGAGUACUUCGGGCUCCGGUCGGGCCGCUACACCGACGAGACCGCCGACUUCAUGCGGCUCAUCUUCCGCAAGUCCGGCCUCGGGCAGGAGACCUUCGCGCCGCCCUUCAUCUUCUCCGGCAAGUUCGAGAAGACGCAGGCCUUCGCCAUCCAGGAGGCCGAGGAGGGGCUCUUCACCGUGGUGUCGCAGCUUCUGGCCAAGUCGGACGUGCACCCGCGGGACGUCAGCGUCCUCGUCGUCGCCUGCUCCAUGUUCUCCCCGAAGCCCUCCCUGGCGUCCAUGAUCGUGCGCCGCUUCAAGAUGAAGGACGACGUCAAGUCGUACAGCCUCGCCGGGAUGGGGUGCAGCGCCGGCACGGUGGGCAUCGACAUGGCGGCGCGCGCGCUGCGGGUGCAGCGCAGGCCAGGGUACGCGCUGGUGGUGGUGACGGAGAACACCAGCCUCAACUGGUACUUCGGCAACAACAAGCACAUGCUGGUCACCAACUGCAUCUUCCGCGUCGGCAGCGCGGCGGCGCUCAUCACCGACGUGCCGACCCGCCGCGCCGACGCCAAGUACGAGCUGCUCCGCACGCUGCGCACGCACCACGGCGCCGACGACGCCGCAUACAACGCCGCCGUGCAGAUGGAGGACGAGGACGGCAUGGUCGGCGUCGCGCUCACCAAGGACCUCGUGCGCGUCGCCGGCGCGGGGCUCCGCCAGCACAUCGCCACGCUAGCGCCCUACGUGCUCCCUGUGUCGGAGCUGCUCAGGUACGUGUACCGUGUGGCGUGGGCGUACAGCGGCGGCAACCCGAAGGCGGCGGCGGCGCUGGUGCCGGACUUCCAGCGCGCGUUCGAGCACAUGUGCAUCCACUCCGGCGGGAAGGCGGUGAUCGACACGGUGGCGAAGCUGAUGGCGUUCGGCCCGUCCGUCGUGGAGCCCGCCCGCGCCACGCUGCACCGGUUCGGCAACACCUCCAGCAGCCUCGUCUUCUACGAGCUGGCAUACUUCGAGGCCAAGCGCCGCGUCCGCGCCGGCGACCGCCUCUGGAUGCUCGCCUUCGGCACCGGCUUCAAGGCCUGCAGCAACGUCUGGCGCGCCCUCCGCGACGCCGCGCCCGACGCCGACAACCCCUGGAACGGCUGCGCGCACCGUUACCCGGCGGCCUUGCCCGUGCCGACCCCGCGCAGGGCGAACUACCAACCCCAGCAGCAGCACGAGCAGCCGCCGCAGCAGCAGCAGCACGAGCAGCCACCGCCGCCGCAGCAGCAGUGAAGACGCCGGACCGUACGUCGCCGUCGAUCCAUCGGCCGUGGAAAUGUGGAAUAAAUUGUGCUGCUGAUUAUAACUAGGAACCGGUCGAUGCAUGAACCGUUGGUUUUGCGUCAUGAUCUAAGUCGAUGCACCGUCACGUUUCGAAUCACCAGAUACUUCUCUGUGCACUGUUUUAUUUCACUCCAGUGUCAACAUUCAGUGGUUAUCUCAA